AUUGCAGCAGUCAAAAGAAGUUACGCUAUCAAUGAUAUAGCGCUACUGAAAUUAAAAUCAUACAUUGUCUUCAAUGAUUAUAUACAGCCAGCUUGUUUGCCCGAAUCUUCUGAUUUAUCUGAAAUAAAAUGUGAGGUUUCAGGAUGGGGAUAUAAGAAAGAAAAAGGUAGUAUAACUGAUACAUUAAGGGCAGCACAAGUUCCGAUCAUCCAAGAACACAAAUGUCGUACAUUGUUGAAAAAUUAUUCCAUUGAUUUUGGGAAAGUGAUAUGUGCUGGUGAUGGAAGUGCUGAUGCCUGCACGGGAGACUCGGGAGGUUCUCUCAUUUGUGAAAUAAAUGGCAUUAGAACGGUUAUAGGAAUCACAUCAUGGGGACUUGGAUGUGGUCGAAAAGAUUCUCCUGGUGUCUACACAAAAGUUUCAAAAUAUUUAAGAUGGAUAGAUCAUCAAAUUUCUAACGACAGUUUCGCAGAAGCCGCUACGGAUGAUCCCUGCACAGGAAGCCCUUGCAAGAACGGAGGCACGUGCACAAGUCAAUCUGGCAGUUAUACAUGUUCCUGUACAAGCCAAUUUGCAGGAACUAAUUGUGAUCAAUCAUGUCCUAGUGCUUGGAACUUGUCAAGUGGUCGUUGUUAUAUAUUCAAACAUGCGGCACUGAACUGGUCUACCGCAAAGAGGAAAUGCUCCCUUGAGGGUGGAACUCUUGCGCAAGUCGACAGUGAAGUCGUCAACAACUUUCUGAACACAUUGAGGAGUAACACAGGACAUUCAACCGUAAGAAGCUUGGAUCGGAUUGGGUGAUGCUGAAACGGAAAAUAUAUUCAAAUGGGACGGCACGAAACAACGUGCCACAUAUACAAAUUGGGACACAAAGGAACCGAAUAAUGGCAAAAAAAGAUAUGAAGAGGAAAAUUGUGUUGAAAUGACAGCUACUAAAAAAUGGAAUGACUACGGCUGCAGUAAUGCAAUAAGCUAUUUUUGUGAACGUUCUCCUAGAGUUGCGUCCUAAUGCGACAAUAUGAAUGCAAAGGACAAUACAGACAAUGAUAUGUACUACAAAUGCUGGAAUAUUGUAAACAUUAUUUGCGAUAGUUAUGCCAACAUUGCAAAGUUUUUAUUAUAUCAAUCAAGCUUA